AUGAGUGGUCCCGCCCCUUCCAACGACCCCGCCACUGCCCCCGACUACGACAAGGGCAAGGGCAAGGCGACUGACCCCACCAACGAGAUGAGCAUGGACGAGGAGAGCGAGUCCGAGAGUGAGCUCGAGGCUGUGAGUGUCAUUGAUAUCUUCGAAAUGCCUAUUGAAACUGCUGAUGAGGAGGAUGAUAAUGACGGCAACGACCUCGAGCCCAUCGACCAGAGCAAUAUCAUCAGUGGCGGCCGCCGCACACGCGGCAAGGUCAUCGACUACGCCCAAGUUGCUGCUCAGAACGAUGAUAUGGAUGACGACGAGGAUGACGAUGAGGACUUCGAGGCCCGCGACGAUGACGAUGACCACGAGAUGCGCGGUUAA